AGAUUUUUUCUUUCUCAUAUUAAAACCAUAAGGCUUCAUGCAUAAUGACAUUAUAUUUUGACAGUAUUAUUCAGAAUCCUACAAGCCAUGCUAUUAACACACAUAUGGCCUGGCACAGUGAGGCAUCAUGCCUUGCUGUUGCAUCAUACAGUGAAGAAAAAGGUGGUACUGUAAAUGUUUAUACUGGUGAGGGCAAGUUGUGUUCUGAAGUGGACAUUCCCCCUCACCCAACUGCUCAAGUAACAUCACUUGCAUGGCAUCCCAUCCAGCGGCUGCUGGCAGUGGGGUGGGAGACGGGAGAAUUGUAUCUAUGGAAUGACCAUGAAGAAGAACUUCACCAAAUCCAGUCCCUGCAUCGAGCAGCCAUAACUAUACUUGAGUUUAGUCAUGCUGGGUCACGUCUUGUAACAGCUGACCAGUCUGGCUCAGUGGUUGGCUGGCGCAGCAGCAGCUCGGGUAACCUACAGACAGCCUUCACACACGAGCUCAAAGAUUCCCUGUCUCAGGUUGUCUUCAGAGCCUCACCUCAGGACCGAACCAACGCUGCUAUUGAUAUCAAUGGGCUGGCGCGCGCGGCAGUGAGCGGGGACGAGAAGGCGCUGGACAUGUUCAGCUCGUGGCGUCCCCGCACGGGGCACAAGCGCGCCGCCCUCACCACCGCCCCGCCCCGCGAGAACGUCUCCUUCUACCUCGGCUCUGCGUCGGGGGUCGUGUACCACGUGUCGGAGGGCGGGGCGUUCGUACAAGUGCUGCAGGCAGAGGGCGCCAUCCUGCGACUGCUGCAGCACCAGCAGCGUCAGCUCCUCGUGGUCAUCACAGACGCGCUGGUGCUCGCUCAGUUCUCCACGGACGCUGAUGGCGCCGUGCGCGAGAUCUCCAAGGUAAAGCUGAGCACGGGCCGGUCAGCUGACAUUCACCUGUGCUGGGCGACGUCAGGCGUCAUGGCUGUCAGCACCGGCGACGCGUGCGUGCGUCUCUGGAACAUCGACAGCGGCGACAACUUUGUCCUCAGCCUCAAACCUGCGCUCGGCUUCAAGGAUAACGAGGCCAUCAUGUGCCUCUCGUUCUGCCAUGUGUCAGAGGUGGUGGUGGCCUCGCUGUUUGUGUCAGAGGAGCACGGCACAAUAGUACAGGAUGUGCUGCCUCUGCCGCCCCUCUACACCCGCCUCCUGGGGGUGCAGGUUCCCCACGUCUACCUCCUCAACAACAGGGAGACUAAUCCUGUAAAGCUGAGCACGGGCCGGUCAGCUGACAUUCACCUGUGCUGGGCGACGUCAGGCGUCAUGGCUGUCAGCACCGGCGACGCGUGCGUGCGUCUCUGGAACAUCGACAGCGGCGACAACUUUGUCCUCAGCCUCAAACCUGCGCUCGGCUUCAAGGAUAACGAGGCCAUCAUGUGCCUCUCGUUCUGCCAAAGCAAAAAUAUGCUGUGUGCGGGCACGGGCAGCGGGCACCUCGCCAUGUGGCGCUACGAGCAGCAGACGCGCCCUGCCGACGCCGCUCUGUGCAGUACAUCACUAAGAGUGUACACGCUACAGGUACGCUCUGUACAAGGCUCGGUGCUACAGAAGCUCAGCUUCCCAGAGUCCGAAGGACAGCCUGUAGGACUCGACCUGUGCGGGAACUUCAUGCUGUCCUACACCAUCCUGGGACACGUCAAGAUCUGGGACGUCUCAGGCCGUGAAGUGAAGGCGGUGAGCGGCUCUAAGAACUUCGCUGACGUCAUCAAAGACUUCGGUGAAAUCAUGAGCGGUCGCGUCAACAGCACCGGCACCAAGGCCUCCGUGACGGCCGCUCAGACCUCCCUGCUGCCGGACCCCAAACUCUACAUCUGGGACCUCAAUACCGACACUGUUACUUACUUCAACUUCGCGUCUGGUCAGCACGAGGACGACGACCUGGACGGCAGCGCGCCCCCCAACAGCGCCGACACUCUGCACUCCUCCGACACGGCGGGACACGACCGGGCUAAGCGCGAGGCAGCACGCGAGGUGUGCGGCCGCUUCAGCCGCAGCCACACCUGGGACCGCGAGGACGCGCGCCUCUUGCUGUGUGAGGCCGUGGCCACUGCGCCUCAGCACUCGCCCUCUGCCUCCUUCGCUGCCCUACAGCCCUCCAGCCUCAUCCUGCGGCCUCACCCCGCCAAGACAAGCGUGGUGGUGGCCUCGCUGUUUGUGUCAGAGGAGCACGGCACAAUAGUACAAGAUGUGCUGCCUCUGCCGCCCCUCUACACCCGCCUCCUGGGCGUGCAGGUUCCCCACGUCUACCUCCUCAACAACAGGGAGACUAAUCCUGACGGCGGUCUGAUAACGCAGCGCGUGAUGCGGGACUUUGCAGGGCUGGAGGACAGUGACCGCCUCACGCGGGAGGCCAUGCUUAACUUCUCCUUUUUUCUGGCCAUCGGCAGCAUGGACGACGCCUUCCAGGCCAUCAAGGCCAU